GUGCUCUCCCUCCUCCCCCCUUGAUGUGCGUGUAUUGAUGCAGGAUCACGGCUGGUCUCAAGGGUGUAGCUCAGACACUGCAGUGGAAGGUAGGGCUUGGCUGCUGCACUAUACAAUGCGCUGAAAGAUGGUACACCAGGAGAAAUGUGUUUACCAGGCCCAGAGGAAUGAGAGGGAGUCCAUUAGACAGAAACUGGCCCUUGGCAGUUUCUAUGACGACGGACCGGUUACCUUUACUGGCUGCAGCAAGAGCUGCCUGUCCUCACGGCUUCAGAAUGGGGUGAACCUACAGAUGUGCUUUGUGAAUGACAGCAGCAGUGACAGGGACAGCGAUGCAGAGGACAGCAGAACAGAAACCAGCCUGGACACCCCAUUGUCUCCUAUGAGCAAGCAGAGUUCUUCUCUGUCUGAUCGGGACACAGGUGAGGAAGAUCUCGACUCGGAGGAUUCUGAAUUCUGGCGGCUUCAGCGACGUCUGCAGGAGGAGGCCCGUGUGGCUCUGGCUUUGGCCCGUCCAAUGGCCCGAAUGCAAGUGGAGGUGGAAAGACAGAUUCAGCUACACCGCAGAUCCCCUGUGGCAGACCUGUUGCCUCAUCUGCCACACAUCAGUGAGAGUCUACUGAAGAGAAAUUUGAGGCCUGUGGACCUGAGAGACAUGAAUCUCGGCCAGUUACAGGUCAUCACCAAUGAUCUGCACUCUCAGAUACAAGGUCUGAAUGAGGAGCUGGUGCAGCUGUUGCUUAUGAGAGAUGAACUGCACAUGGAGCAGGAUGCCAUGCUGGUAGAUGUGGAGGAUCUAACCAGGCAUGCACAUAGUCAGCAGAGGCAUAUGAUGGAGAAAUCUCUGGCCAAAGGCAAAGGAGCUUGCCACACUCGCUGUGAUUCUCCAUACUGAGGCAAACAGUAACCAGCACAGGGGCCAACCACUUGUGUUUCACUAUGUGAUGAAGCAGCGUACUCACUAGAUUCUCUUUUCAGUCCAACUAGAUGUGUGUGUUAUUGCCUAUGUUAAAAGCUUUGUGUGGAUGUAUGUUAAUUAUACAUGCUAUAAGUGUUCAUGCAUGCCCGCACCUUAGCUGAGGGUCACACACUCACUUUUCAGAAUAACUGUUGAUCAUACAUAAUGUAUAAAUUAGGGAGGAACAUAAAGAAUCAUGUGACAUGGAUCUAUCAAUGGGAUUUCAUUUCACAGGUUGUAACUUUCCCUGUGAUUUCAGUACUGUUCUAUCUGGUCACUCUGUAUGGACCAUCAUAGUUGCACUCAGAAAAUAACAUAUUAACACUAUCUGUCAACUAGUUAACUGCUUCUCUGUGCAGAUUAUUGCUGGAUUUGCUUAUUAACCUGCAAUUUCCCUCCCUGGGAAUAAAUGAAGUUUACUCUGACACAGUUUUUGCACUUGCUAAUGUGCUGUGUAUGGAGCUACCCUACCUAAAAUAAGGAAAACAUAACUAAAACUUUUGAAAGGUUUGAAUGGAAUCUAAAUUUUAUUAAGUUGAUGUGAACAUUGUAGUUUUUCCAUUAUUAUUGGUAAGAAGCUGCCUUGUGUGGUGGCAACUGAUUCCUAUGUUCACAGUGAACUAUUAUGUCAGUCUUUUAAGAAUGUUAAAAUGUUACUUACUUUUUCAUCCAAAUAUGACAUUUCCUGUUUCACAGAAAUGUAAAAGUAAAUUAUAAACUAAUAAAUUACUUAACAUGGGCCAGUAUGACUUUUUAUUGUUGUAAUCUUCUGCAGUUGGGUAGUUGACAUAACAUGCCCAUGGUGUGUGUGUGUGUAUAUAUAUAUAUAUAUAUAUAAUUACUAUGCACACAGGUUUUAACUUAUAUUAAUUAUGUAUGUAUAUAUAUAUAAUCAACAAGAUUUUAAGUAAAAAGUUAUAUGAAUAUAUAAAAGAAUGCGUAUACUGUAUCUUAAAUCCUGUGACUGAUCACCAUUUCUUUUAAGUUUUCCACCAUAUACAUUUAUUUUUUUCUAUAUUUCAUUUAUUUAUUUUUACAUUAACUAGUUCAUUUUAAAUGGUCAUGAAAAUGCCUUUUAAUGUAAUCUCUCAAUUAAUAUAAGUUAAAACCUGCGCGCAUAGUAAUUAUUAAAAAGUUAUGAAAAUGCUGUUUAAAAUAGUUUUACAUGAAGUAUGGCAUGUUACAAUGAAGGACAUAUCAACUUCCCAAAAGUAUUUCAUGUCAACUACCCACUUACUGCCUAAAUACUCAUUUAGUGCAGUCACAAGGCAUAACAAUUGAAUCAAAAACAAUUUCAAUUUUAUCAUUCAACACUGUGGUUUGUAUUAGGCCAGUCCCAAAAGUGAAAGAAAAUUAAAAGCAAUAAAUAAAAAAUAAUAGUUUAA